UUUCGGCCGGUGGAAUCUAACCUCAAAAUGUAAACAUCCUUGAUGACGCUCUAAAAACGUUUGCGUGUCUUGGUAUUUUUUAUUUAUUUAAAAUAAAAGGUUUUUUAAAAGUACAGUGAUUUGAUAAAUCAAAUAAAUAAACUCAGUUUUAUCGAUUGUGAUAUUGUGAUCAGAGUUAUCAAUUUUUUUUUUGAUUUGUGUAUCGAAUUUUUAUUUAACAACAUGCCUACAUGGAAUCAAAUACAAGCACAACUUCGAAAUCCAAACAAUCCAGUUGUAUUUUUUGACGUUUCUGUUGGCAAUACAGAAAUUGGACGUAUGAUUUUUGAAUUGUUCGAUGAUGUUUGUCCUAAAACAUCGGAAAAUUUCCGUCAAUUUUGCACUGGUGAAUAUAGAAAAGAUGGUGCACCAUUGGGAUUUAAAGGCGCUAUUUUUCAUCGUGUUAUCAAGGAUUUUAUGAUUCAAGGAGGAGAUUUUGUCAAUGGCGAUGGAACUGGAGUAUUAAGUAUUUAUGGAGGUGGAACAUUUUCUGAUGAGAAUUUUACAUUGAAGCAUGAUUCACCUGGUUUAUUAUCAAUGGCAAAUAGCGGGAAGGACACAAAUGGAUGUCAAUUUUUUAUAACUUGUGCAAAAUGUAAUUUUUUAGAUGGAAAACAUGUGGUUUUUGGAAGAGUAAUUGAUGGUCUUCUUGUUAUGAGAAAAGUUGAAAAUGUCCCUACGGGACCAAAUAAUAAACCUAAAAUUCCUGUGACAAUAUCUCAAUGUGGCCAAAUGUAAUGUUUGUAAACUUUAAUCUAGCGAUAUUUGUAUUAAAAAGUUAUUUUUAUUCAAAAACAAAAAA